CCUGGGUAUGGAAAUGAUAUCUUGAGACCCGAAGUGAGAUUAAAGCGGAGGACAUAAGUCAAUUCUCACCUUCGGUUCCGUUAUCAUACCGGGAAUCGGAAAUGUGUGCAACGUACAAAGUUAUGCAACACGCCUUUCGUACCUUAAGAAUGUAACCAUUUUCGAAUGCCUUCGCGUCUCGCGACGGAGCUCGGGUCCCGAAACAUAAUGUUUCUCGCCGAAAACAUCUCCACGACGGCUUGAAGGAUACGGUGUUGGGGUAGCCAUCAGGUAGGGACCCGACGAAUUUCCAAGCCGCCUACAAUUCACCCCCAUUUCAUCAUAAACUCGCGAUCUCGCUACCUAUGCGAAGUCCAGUUGUUGCGAAAAUUGAUAGGCAAAAAAUUGUUUCCAAAUACAAUAUCAAGAGGGAUAAGUUAAUCAAUAAUACUACGACCCCUUUGCAAGUCGGAAAUGGAAACUUCGCAUUCAAUGUCGAUAAUACGGGGAUGCAGACCUUUCUGCCGUUCAACACUCUUUCGAGCUGGGCAUGGCACAAUGAUAGUCUGCCUACAGACGGCGAGAAUCCCAGCGACUAUCACGGAGUAGCAAGGAUGACUCACGGGAGAAAUAUCUCGUACGAUAUCCCCGACCCGGAGCUUCCAGAAGUCUCACAAUGGCUCAUAUCGAAUCCCAAUCGCAUCAAUCUAGGUCGCAUUGGCCUAAGAUACCAGGGCGUUACCUUAUCGGCUUCUCGAAUAACGAAUGAGGUUCAAGAGCUUGAUCUGUGGAAUGGGAUUAUAACAUCAACUUUCGAGGUUGGUGGGGAGACCGUCAUAGUUACCACUCAAGGCGAUUUCGAAUCGGAUGCGGUAACUUUCCACAUAGAAUCCGAACUGCUCAGUUCAGGGGACCUGGAUGUUGAACUUGACUUCCCCUAUCCACCAAUCCAUACCACGAAGUACAAGUACGAAGUUUUCGUCGGCGUCUACGACUUCCCCCUUAACCAUAGUACGUCUAUUAUUGCAAAUAGUAGCAUAGGCGAAGCACACAUCUACCAUGAGUUGCAGGAGAUGAAUUAUUUUGUCAAUCUGCGAUGGCCAGUCGAAAACUUUCUCAGUCUCUCCAAAGUUAAACCACUAAAUUCUAGCGCAAUCACAGUGCACCGUUAUGCCCUGUCCGCCACAUCUGUAUCUCGUCAUCGGGCUAAUACCAUGGAUUUCACCGCACAAUUUUCCCCAGAUAAGAGAACAACUGCAUUGCCAUCUGUUAUCAGAGAGCGCAAUUCCGAAGGGUGGAAUGAAUAUUGGGAUGAAGGAGGAUUCGUGGAUCUCACAUCUUCGUCGAAUCCAAAGGCCAAUGAAUUGCAGCGGCGCAUCAUAUUAUCGCAAUAUCAUGUUCGGGUAAAUAGUGCCGCAAAUGGGCAAUCGCCUCAAGAAAGCGGGCUUAUGAAUAACGGCUGGUAUGGAAAAUUCCAUAUGGAGAUGGUGGUUUGGCAUAAUGCUCAUUGGAGUACGUGGGGCCGCCAAAAAUAUUUCGAUAACAUUUUCCCAGCGCUUUAUGAGAAACUAUUGCCAUCGUCAUUAACUAGAGCAAAAACAAUGGGAUGGAAGGGCGCAAGGUGGCCAAAAAUGACCGAAAUCAAUACUGGAGCUAGCUCGCCGGGCGGUAUCAACGGCCUUCUCCUGUGGCAACAACCCCAUCCCAUGUAUCUGGCCGAACUUGCAUAUCAAGCCGCGCCAACCCAAGAGACCCUAGAACAGUGGGAUACCGUAAUUAGUGCUUCCGCCGACUAUAUGGCUUCCUACGCGUGGAAGAACGAAAGCUCUGGCUAUUAUGAUCUAGGACCACCUAGCUAUGGUGUAACCGAGAACACACCACCAACCGAGACAUUGAAUCUAGCGUAUGAAAUCGCCUAUUGGAGGUACGGCCUCGACGUCGCCCGAAAUUGGAAAAGACGACUAAACCAAUCUAUCCCCGAACGUUGGACAGCCGUUGCCGAGAACCUUGCUCCCCCACCACAAGUCGACGGACUUUAUGCUGUCUAUGAGGGUUUAAACAGCUCAUGGUGGGAAGAUCCUAAGCUCAACGGGGAUCCUCGAAGUCUCAUUAUGCUUCAAGGAAUCCUCCCUGACACGCCUGCCGUCGACCCUGAGAUCGCGCUGAAGACGGCCGAUAAGAUCUGGGAGGUCUGGACAGAUGACAAGAUCCGUGGGUGGGGUCGACCUGUGCUGGCGAUCAACUCGGCUCGAAUUGGAAACCCGGAGCGCGCUAUCUACCAUUUAACAGCAUAUGAUUAUUGGGUGUUCGAUGAUGCUGGCUUCGCUGUCCGUGGAGGUGAUGGCGGUACCCCUCCUCCUUUCAUGCCCGGCAAUGCGGGAUUCCUUUACGCUGUUGCAUACAUGAUCGCUGGCUGGAAUGGAUCAGAGGGGGAUACACCUGGUUUUCCUAAGGAUGGGACCUGGACGAUUGAACAUGAGGGUUUGUUGAAGGCACUUUAAACUGAGAAGACUUAAUAAAAAACAUUCAAGGAGCUUUUGCUCCUACAAUCCACCAUCCCCCACCAAGGAACAACGCCCCACAGUCAUGCUGCCCCUUCGGUAACCAAUCAUAGCU